UGGACCCCUCUCAUUGAUAGCGUCGAUGAGUUUAACAGCGGAUUCUCCAGUACAUUCGUCAAGCAGUGAUGACUUUGCAGCGAUUUUAGAUGCCGAGUUGGAUUCUGCUUCUGAUGCGUCACCUGAACCUGGAGAGGUAGAAGAGAAAGAAGAGGAAAUUGUUGGUGACGUGGAUGAUGGCUAUAAUUCAGAUCAUCAAAGAAUUAAGAGGCGCAAGGUGGAGGUAUAUGAAGAAAUGGUAGAUUCACAUAGUUCCAAAUGUCAAGGAGAGGCGCCACAAACUUUAGGAUCAUCUCCAAAAAAGAAUGUGUGUCCACAUCCUGGUAUCAUUGGAGGGAUGUGCAUACGUUGUGGGCAGAUAAUUGAUGAUGAGUCUGGUGUGAGCCGUGUGGCAUUUGGGUACAUACACAAGGUUACUUUCUUAAAAUUUAUUAUAUUUAGUAUUGUUGUAAUUAAUAUACACCUAUAA